UAAAAGUGGGCUGGGCUGUUGCAGCCAUACCUAGAGCCACAAUUGCAAUUAUGCCCCUCAAAAUCUUCGUCCCUCUUGUUUUUCUGCUGGUUGUAUGUAGUUGCAAAAUACAAGAAAAAGAAUCACUGUCAAUCCUUCUCUCGCCAUUUCCUGCCCCUGGUCACUAUUUGAAUUUCAUGAUUUUGGGAGAUGCUUUGAAAGAACAAGGUCACAAUGUUACCUUUCUCAUGCCUCACUUUCCAGAUUAUAACAAGCCAAAGGAACUCUGUGAGGAACAUGGUUUUCACUACAUUCCUGCACCAGUCAAUAUGAGUUAUUAUGGCUUUAAAAGUGGCUUUAAAAAUGAAGCCAAUGAGGAUUUAAACGCUGUACAAUUGGCGUCUCAUUUGUUAAAUAUGUUUUUGACUGUGCUUUCCUCUAUAGAUUCUUUCGUUUCAAAUGAGCUGGAUACCUCCCAAUUAGACGUUGCAGUCGUCGAAGAAUACCUGAUGGGAACUUUAGUUUGUCCCAAAAACGAACAUUUACCAAUUGUAUAUUUUUCACCUGGAAUUCCAAACGACCCUUCACUGUUACCAUCAUGGCCUUUUCCACAUAUAGCGUUUCCUUCCAUAACUCAUGACACGUCCAUUACAGACCGUCUUAUAAUAACAGCUGCUAACGCUCUUCUAUUUUCACCGCUACAACAAGUUAUUAUUUGGUAUUUGUCUUCAAAUAAUCCAGAAUGCUGGGAGAGGAAAUAUAACUAUUACUCACCUCCAGGCCAUGGGGUUCCUUUCAUUUUAGCAACAGUCAUGGGGUUUGAGUAUCCAAAGACAAAUCUUCCAUUAGUUGAUUAUGUUGGUCCUUUCAUUCCAAAUACACUUGAUCCUCUACCAUCCGAUAUUGAUUUGUGGCUGAGCAGUAAAAAAGAAAACAGUGUCGUGUACAUUUCAAUGGGUAGCAUUUUUGCUGGAUCUCAAGAAUUAGCGGAAGCACUUUACAAUGGCAUACCUACUAACUAUUCAGUUUUGUGGUCGGCUACUAGUGAAACUAUUCGAAAAGUUGUUGAAAACAAACCAAGCAGUGAUCGUUACCUUGUUAAGAGCUGGAUACCACAGAUUAGUGCAUUGAAUCAUUCAUCAAUAUCAUUAGCUAUUCUUCAUGGAGGAGCAGGAGGAGUACACCAAGCACUCUAUUUUGGGAUACCAAUGGUUGUCGUUCCUCUGGGGGGAGAUCAAUUAGGUAAUGCUGUUAGAGUACAAUAUUGGAAACUAGGAGUCCAACUGAAGCAAGAUGAACUUACUGCAAAUAAUUUAAAAGAGAGGAUCCUAAAGAUUGAGUCAGGUCCUUACAGAAGCAAUGCUAAAAAGAUGAGUAUCAUAAUGAAGAAUGCUGGAGGAGUAAAGAGAGCUGUUGAGCUAAUAGAGUUCUAUGCUGCAGUAGGGUAUGAUCAUCUUGUACCUGCUUAUGUGAAGUAUCACUGGAGUUGGAUUCAAUAUCAUAAUGUUGAUGUACAAGCAUUGCUGUUAGCUAUUGGAGCAUUGAUGCUAUACUUGUGUUUCAAAUUAAUCAAGUGUAUGUGUCAGUGCUGCUGCUGUAGGAAUGCAAAGGAAAAGAAGGAGUAACUGCAAUUGUUUUAUUUUGAAUUAUUUUUGCCAUCAAUCAUACAAAUUAA